UUUUGUUUCUCUCUUCUCUAUUAAUUUCCUUAAACUUUAUCAUUAGCUCACUAAUAAGCCAUUUGACCAAGGUUUUUUGUUCUGAUUAAAAAAACUCAUCAAGAAAAAUCAAAUGGGAAGAUCACCUUGUUGCGAGAAGAACGGGCUCAAGAAAGGGCCAUGGACGUCUGAGGAAGACCAGAAGCUUGUUGACUAUAUCCAGAAACAUGGAUAUGGUAACUGGAGAACCCUCCCCAAAAAUGCCGGUUUGCAGAGAUGUGGCAAGAGUUGUCGGUUAAGGUGGACUAAUUAUCUCCGACCAGAUAUCAAACGUGGAAGGUUCUCUUUUGAAGAAGAAGAAACCAUUAUUCAGCUUCAUAGCUACUUAGGAAACAAAUGGUCGGCGAUUGCGGCGCGUUUGCCUGGAAGAACAGAUAACGAGAUCAAGAAUUUUUGGAACACACAUAUCAGAAAGAAGCUACUAAGAAUGGGUAUUGAUCCAGUGACUCACAGUCCACGACUCGAUCUCCUCGAUAUCUCAUCCAUCUUAGCAUCAUCUCUAUACAAUUCCUCUUCGCAUCAUGUGGACAUAUCAAGACUCAUGAUGGAUGCUCAUCGUCAUCAGCAACAACAUCCAUUGGUUAACCCUGAAAUACUCAAGCUAGCUACGUCUCUCUUCUCUCAAACCCAAAAUCAAAAUCAAAACCAAAACUUCGUAUUGGAUCAUGACUCAAAAACUCAAGAGACCAGCACGGUUUAUUAUAAUGAUGUUAACCAAACCGGAGGACAUCAAUACCAAACCGAUCAUCAAGAACUUCAGUCUUGCAUGCCGCCAUUCCCCAAUGAAGCUCAAUUUAACGACAUGGAUCGUCAAUUCAAUGGUUUUGGAGAACAAACCCUCGCUUCAACCUCGAACACGUCGGUCCAAGAUUGCAGUGUUCCAUCGUUCAACGAUUAUGCAAGCUCAAGUUUGGUAUUAGAUCCUUCUUAUUCAGACCAGAGCUUCAACUUCGCUAAUUCGGUCUUGAACACGCCAUCCUCAAGCCCGACUACUUACAUCAAUAGUAGCAGUUGCAGCACUGAAGAUGAGAUGGAAAGCUAUUGCAGCAAUCUCAUGAAGUUUGAUAUUCCCGAUUUCUUGGACGUUAAUGGUUUUAUUAUAUAAUUCCAAGAAACUAAAUAAAAAUCUAUUGGGAUAGAGCUUUUUUUUAUUUGUUGUAAUUGCAAGACUUGUUUUUUUCAUUUUGAUUUGUGUACAUGUAAAAUACCACAUAUCUCCUUGUUGUUUGUUUGUUUAGAGUUCCUAUCUAAUACUAUUUUUUUUAAUAAGUGGAGUGUCCAUUAUUGAUAUCCACUUUUUAUUUAAAUAUUUAUAUUUGGC